AUGAUGGUAGAGGAGGUUCCUAAUCCCACCACUAUUAAUCCCACCAGAACGAAAAGCAAGACAACUCGACCGCGUCCAGUAUACCUGUGGAACGUGUUAGACGUACAGAAGUGGCUGAGACGUCACUGUAGCGACUACUAUCAGCUAUACUACGAGGCAUUCCUGCACCACGACAUUACAGGAAAGACAUUGCUAAGAAUAAAUGAAAAUAGCUUGAGGCGGAUUGGUAUUGAUAACGAACAACAUAGAACAGACAUUUGGCGGGAAAUAUUGAAAUUGCAUCUAAAAACAGACAUGUUAGAGCUUAAGGAUAUUGAGCGACGAAAUAAUAUGAUGAAUAAUAUGAUGAUGAAUCUUGACUAA